UCCGAUCGCCAUUAAAAAAGCUUCACCAGAAGCAUUACUGCAUAGCACACCGACGAAGCUCUGAAGAUGGAGGUUGCUAAAUCAUCCGUAUUCUGGAUUUCCGCGGUUUUUUAUUUCUUCCUUUUCCGUAUUCUUCUCAGAUUCCUGGACAAGGUAUGGUGGACGCCGGUUCGGCUGCAAGCGAAAAUGAAUUCGCAGGGAGUCCGAGGUCCUCCUUACAGGUAUCCUCAUGGAAACGCCAAGGAAAUCUCUCGCAUGAGCGGCCAAUUCAUUGAUAAGGAGAUGGAAAUUUCACAUAACGUACUUCCGAGGAUCCAUCCUCAUGUGUACGCAUGGUCCAGUGUUUACGGAUCAAAAUUUAUAUGCUGGCAAGGCACGGAGUGCCAAUUGUUUGUCUUGGAACCGGAGAUGAUAAAGGAGAUACUGAUGAACAGAGAUGGCGUCUUUCCUAAAAUGGAUAUUAAAGGCAGCGCAAAGAAGCUUCUCGGGGACUCAAUUAUUCUUAAUGAAGGCGAAAAAUGGGAAAAAAUCAGAAAAAUUGCCAAUCACACUUUCCAUUCAGAGAGUCUGAAGAAAAUGGUUCCAGAUAUGAGUUCAAGUGUUGCAAGAAUGUUGGAUGACUGGAAAGCUUAUGAAGGAAAGGAAAUUGAUGUGUUCAAGGAGAUUGGGCUGCUGACCACUGAGAUUAUUUCCAGGACAGCCUUUGCAAGUAGCUAUAUGGAAGGAAAACAUAUCUUUGAGAUGGUGGCUAAUUUGACAAAAUUAACAGUUCAAACUGUCUUCAAAGUCAGGUUUCCUGGAAUCAGGAUGAUCGUAAAAUCUGCUGAUGAGAUUGAAGCUGAAAAACUUGUGCAGCGGAUCAAAAGCUCUAUACUCGAGCUGGCGAAAAAGAGGGAGGAAAAGGCGAGGAAAGAUGGCGAAUUCGGAAGUGAUUAUCUUGGGCAGCUUGUGCAGUUAACCCAUGAAUGUGACAUGAAGAAACGGAUCUCAACAGAGCAGAUGAUUGAAGAGAUCAAGGCGAUUUAUGGUGCAGGUCAUCUUACACUAACAAACUUGCUCAGUUGGACCAUUUUAUUCCUCGCUACGAACACAGAUUGGCAAGACAAAGCCCGGGCCGAGGUUUUGAAAGUAUUCGGCAAAAACAGCCUGGAUUCUGACGGCGUUUCAAGAUUGAAAAUUAUGAACAUGAUCAUCAACGAGGCCCUCCGGCUAUAUCCACCGGCCGUUUUUCUAACAAGGAAAGUUUUAAAGGAAGUGAAAAUCGGGGACUUAUGUAUUCCUCCGAAGAUAAAUAUUUAUAUCCCUAUUGUAGCAAUGCACCAUGACCGGCGUAUUUGGGGCGAAGAUGCUAAUUUUUUCAACCCCGGGAGAUUUUCCAAAGGGAUUGCCAAAGCCACGAACAACAACACGGCUGCGUAUCUUCCGUUUGGGCUUGGACCUCGUACUUGCGUGGGGUUAAACUUCGCCACCAACGAAGCCAAGAUUGUACUUUCGAUGAUCUUACAGAAAUACACCCUCGCGCUUUCGCCAAACUAUGUCCAUUGCCCGGCGUUCGAGUUCCUUCUUAAGCCGAAAAAUGGAGUCCAAAUCAUCAUCAACAAAGUGUGAAAAGGGAUCAGGUAUGCUUGUAAUGAAAUGGGUAUUAUUGCUCUACUACAAGACAUCAAGAUUGGGUUAACAAGUGAAUUAUUUGUGAUAUUGAAACCAGCAUAAGAUCAAGAUGAUGAUCCCUUUUGUCUGAAUGCUGACAGAGGACAUUUUUUUGGAUCAUAGGAUGUGUCCAAACAGGGCAGCUCACCUAUCAUUCAAACAAUAAUUUAGAUACAGAAUCAUCUGUGAUCAAUUUCAUUGCAACUAACUCAAAUCUAUCCACAUCAAAUUCAAUUAAACACAAUAUAUUAAAUUUAAAUAAACAAAAAUUUACAUAUAUGUCAAGCCAAUAGCCAGAAAUCCUUCUGCCUUUUAGUGGUGAUGAGAUACCCUCCAACUUUCUUGCUCUUCCUCCUCACUGCAAUGGCCAUACAAGUAGCAUUUUGGACACAGUAUUCCGCCACCCCUCCGGCCACCGCCGCCCGACCGCCGCCACCGCCGCCAGCCCACAUCAACAUCAGCCGCCACGCUAGGCUCAUCUUCUUCUGCCCCACCACCAGCAGCGCCGCCUCCUUCGCCUUCGCCGC